GCAGGAGGAGGAGGAGCAGCAGCAGCGUCUGACUCUCCCUGCGCUCGCGACUCUCCCGGUCAGUCCUCUCCGCACUCGCUCCGCUUUAGUGUACUAUGCCUGUGAGACACCGGGACACCGGAGCUCCUGCAGCCUCGUCCAGGCGUCAGCUCCGUUUGGGAGAGUUACAGCUUUAUCCCUGCGCUCUCUGAGCCACUUCCUCUUUUGUUUCGUUUUGUUUUUUAGUCAUUUGGAGCACGAUGCUGCUGCUUAUUGUUCUUCUGACACUGAGCUUUCCACCUGGCAAAAGUUUUCCGUCCUAUAAAUACGACGACGCGGAUGAUGACCUGGAAGCCUUUGAUUACUACCGAGCCGCGGAGGAGCCGGAGGGCAGGAACGCGAGCGCGUGCGAGCAGUGCGUCCCGGAGCUGUGUCCGCUGGCGCAGGGCUGCAGAGCGGGGCUCGUGCGCGACCCGUGCGGCUGCUGCUCCGAGUGCGGAAACCUGGAGGGCCAGCAGUGCGACCCCGGGGAAAGCAACGUCUACUACGGGCUGUGUGGAGACGGACUGCAGUGUAAGACCGACGCGUCGCACGCGGCUGACGGAGACACGCAGGAGCCGCUGUGCGUGUGCGCGGCUCAGGAGCCCGUGUGCGGAUCAGACGGUCAGACUUACACGAACCUCUGCAAAUUCAAAGAAGCAGCGUUCAACAAACCGGGACUAAACUCGAGCCACGGGCCCUGCAACACCGUUCCUAUCAUCAAAGUCCCUCCACGUAACUUGGUGAACGUGACCGGCAGCAGUGCGGUGUUUUUGUGCGAGGUCUUUGCCUUCCCUAUGGCGCUGGUGGAAUGGAGGAAAGAGGGGAAGGAGGUUGUUUUGCCUGGAGAUGAUCCUCAUAUAUCUGUGCAGUCCAGAGGAGGUCCUCAGAAAUAUGAGCUGUCUAGUUGGCUGCAGAUUGAGGACGCGACUCGGGCAGAUUCAGGUACCUACAGAUGCAUCGCCAAGAAUGGCCUGGGCAACGUCUCAGCCACUGCAGUGCUGGGGAUUCUGCCACAAGAUGAGAUGGCUGCCUAUUUAGAAGAAAGCAUGAAAGAGUUGAUGGGAUACGAUCCAAUCAGAGACUAUGAUGGAGACUACUAUUGAACCACUUCAGAGCUGAAAUGUUUCCUCAGCAGAAGACUUGAGAAACUCUACUUGAAGACUAAAACUGCCUCCUGUGUCCGUGAGAGACUAGACAUCUGGACCCACACACACUAAGAGCACAGAGAGAACGUGACACAGCCCACUGACAUGAAAGAAAAAUACACAUUACACAUUAGACCUCAAAAAAAAAAAAGCAAGAGCCACCCUGAGGGACGUAGAGCAUCCCGGAUGGAGGUUUUAAUCAGAAGAUGAAGGAGGAUGAAUAUUUCUUUUGUUUUAACUGCUGCUCUUUAUAUUUCCUCUUCUAAUGUAGGCUAUAAAGUAUAUCUGCUUCUGAACAGGGAACUCGGAGCACAUUCCAGACGCACUGUAACUCUUUGUUGAGUCUCUAAUUUCAUGUGGUCUUUGAACACCAAGUCGUAAUAUAUCCCUUUCCUGAAUUUAUAUAUUUUUCCAUAUGUGGUAUCCCGCCGUUUGUGUGCACGGGUGCUAGUUUGAUUCCCAGAGGGAGGAGCAUCGUCCACAGCUGGUUUUCUUUAAGAGCUUCGGUCUUAAAGCCUGGCAACAGACAUCCUAUUUUGAGUUUCUUAUAAGGUGCAAUCACUCAUCUUGUUUAAUAAAAAUGAGUGACUAUGGGCGAAAUACUGACAUACUUAGACCUUGCAAUAUGUCCACUUUUCAGCUGAGUGGUUAGAUGACUACUUUCAAAUGAAAAGGCUGUGGAAAGUGAGAUCAUUCUUUGUUUUUCUUUGAUUCAGACUAGACACAGGCCUAUUUAUUAUAAUGUGUAUGUUAUUCAAUAUCUUGCUUAGUUGUUAUGUACUUAUGUUUACUUAUAUUUAUAGAAAUGGGCCAUUUUGACAUAAAGGAACCUUUCCUGUUCAGGUUCACGUAAAUACACUGCAGUAUUUUCGGAAGUACAGAAUGCCCAUGUACAAGUACUUUUAUACCUUACCACUGUUUUAUUUACAAUAAAACAUAGUCAAAACUU